AUGUUCAGGGCUGGAAAACAUCAAAGUGAAGUGAAGUUGGUCUUGCGUGAUUCCGGAUUGUUUACAGCUCAAAGUCCUCAUGAUCUUACCACGUAUUCAGCGGUGACGUUGGUCGCGAUGUAUGUUUCUCUGCGCAGUAUUGUGUUGUUGAUUUUAAUAAAAAGAGGCGUGCAGACAUACCAGCACCGACCUCAUGGAUUGCCUGACAUUCUCAUCGAGUUCUUGCACCGGCCGUCGGCCAGCCCCGCACUGGAGCUUGAUGGAGGGGCAAUUGGAAAGGAUCCAUUGGUAAGUUGGUGCAAGUCUGGACCUGGCAACUGA